AUGGAGAUCACCGACCAAUUCUUCAACGAGGAAAAGGUUCAAAUUGACAAAGGAUCUCGCAGCUAUGGGUGGUUUAUGUCACACAUUCACUGCCUCUUCUGCUCCGACACAUUCAAAUCGAAGCAGACGCUGCAUCAUAUCCUGAGAUACUAUGAACAGGCCGAUCCCGAUCUUCGCUUUGACUUGGACAUUUUUCUACAAAGCGACUGGGUUCGCAAGUCUGCUCUCGCCCAUUGGAAACUUUUUCCCGACUUUGAUCAAGUUGUGGACAGCCAGGAAUGCCUUCAAAGCGAGCCUGCACAUCCGGAUCUUGCUUCGUGUUGCGUCUAUGAGUCUCCGAGUGCCUUCCACUUUCUGGUCCGACAAGGCAUUAUUCGAUCAUGCUACUACAACCGCUUUGGGCACAGCCUCUUCCUUCUUGCCUUUCAGAAAAACGCCAUCGAAACGAUUGGUUACAUGAUUUCCACGAUGAGUCCGCUACAUCUUCUUGCUCCUGCAUCGGUGGCAGAAAUGUGGGAUGGGAGGUCAAUUCUUCAACUAGCGGCGACGAACUCGGUUGUGUUUGGUAUCUGUUGGGAAAAGAUUGACCAAAUGCCUUUGGAUUUGGGAGAGAUUCUCCAGGAAGAUGAAAUCCGCAGCAUUUGCCGAUUUGCAAGCAUGAGCCUAGCCUCUCGUUUGUGUCAUAGAGGUAUAGAUCUUGCUGAUGUGGUGAAGAAAGAUUCUUCUCUUUGGCUUGAGAUGAUUCGCUAUCAUUUGGAACCAACAUCUCUUUUGGACUGGCUUUUGAUGAACAAUUGCCUACCUCCGCAAGACUUUCUUCUCUUUCACCCGGAACCCGAUUCCGCUUUGGACUGGAUUUUGGCAAAAAAUUUCCCAAUCCCAUAUCCCGGACAUGGUCAAGAGUUUCUUCGACGAUUUGCGAUCCAUUGCGGCAGGUUAGACGCAGCCCAUUGGCUGUCUUUCGAUAGGGUAGCGACCAAACCGACCAGUGAAUUGUGA